CCUGAGGGACGGCCCGCGGCCGCCCCGCCCUCGCUCCAGGUGAUGCCGGUGACCGCGGUGACGAUGCCGCUGGCGAGGCGGCAGCGGCCACUGCUGAUGGAGGAGGCGGAGACGGCGGCGAUGAUGAUGAUGAUGAUGAUGAUGAUGAUGAUGAUGAUGAUGAUGAUGGUGGUGAUGGGCUCCGCCGCCCGGCCCUGCCCCUGAGCGGCGGGGAAGCGCCAGCGGCCGGCUACCCUCCUCCGCCGAGACCGCCCGGCUCCCGCAGCCCGUCCUCGAUGUCUCCCCCGCGGCGCGGAGCUCCCUUGGCCGCCUCCCCGCCCUCUCGCUCCUCGCCGCCGCCUCCCUCCCGCCCCGCGGUCCGGCGGCUGCCGGACCCCGCCCGGCGGCGGCACCAUGAAGGUGGAAGCGGGGGACAAUUCCAUGAUCAACCUGUCGGUGCAGCAAGUGCUGAGCCUGUGGGCUCACGGCACCGUCCUGCGCAGCCUCACGGAGAUGUGGUACUGGGUUUUCCUCUGGGCUCUCUUCUCCUCUCUCUUUGUCCAUGGUGCUGUGGGAGUAUUAAUGUUUGUGAUGCUGCAGAGGCAUAGGCAGGGGAGGCUGAUCUCUGUCAUUGUGGUCAGCAUUGGAUUUCUGGGUUCUGUAACGGGAGCAAUGAUAACCAGUGCUGCAGUAGCUGGAAUUUACAGAGUAGCAGGAAAGAAUAUGGCUCCCCUGGAAGCUCUUGUCUUUGGCGUUGGACAGACAGUACUGACAUUAAUUAUCUCAUUUUCAAGAAUUCUUGCAACGCUUUGAAACUUACAUAGAAAGAGGGAGAAAAAAAAAUCUUUAAUCUGAAGAGAAGCUUCCUGAAAGUGGAGUCAUCAGCUUAUGAACUGGAAUUCUAGCGCAAGAGGAAGGAAGCUAUGUGGAAAGUGUGCUACAAAUCUCGAGGCUCAGUCAAAUGACCAGGCUGUCCUCUAGUGUUGGAACUGCUGCACUCCUGCCUUAACGCGCCUCCACCACUGGAGAGGAGGGAUCCCUGUGUAUCAUGCAGAGGUGGAACACCUCGAGCAGCUGCCAGGCAGGUCCAUGGUGAUGGCAUCACUGCCCUUAACACCUUGGAAUGAAACAGAGGGGCUGUCCUGAAAGUUGCUCCGUGUGCCAAACUUGGGGUAUAAUUCUGAGUGGGUGGCUGGGUAAGCUCUGGAAUGUAGAAGAAUUCUGUGAAUGUGCACAAUUCUCCUUGAAUUCAGGUGAAAUAGCAAGAUAACUGACUUUUGUGUACUAGAAGAAUCUCUGAAUGCUGAAUAUUCUUGUUCAGCAUUCAAAACAACUGUUAGAUCUGAUUCAAAAUGUAGAUUCAUUUUGGUGGGGUUUAAGAACCAUGGCUUUAACAACCCUGAUAUAAUUAGCACUAUGUGAAGAAUGGCUUGUGGCAGUUUUCUUUGGCGCCUUUCUCUGUAAUUUUAGCCUGUCAGAAAUCAGGAGUUUAAGGAGACUGUAUGAAGGUUACUAAGUACAACCUGUUGUGUAUGCACAAACAAAUAUUAAACUGAUGCUUUCCUCGAAAUUACUUUGAACAUACAGAUGGUUACCAGCCCUUCUGCAAACCUCAGAAAAAGGGUACUCAUUGCAAAUAAACUCGCUUUAUUUAAUUAAGCAAUGGUAGGACCCUUACCCCUACAUGUAUUCUGUAAGGAACACACAAAUAUAACAAACUCUCAGAGAAUACACCUAUGAGGAAAAUGGAGAGGGGUAUUAAUAUGAUAUGUUGUUUUUCUACUGAAUAAAAAUAUUAAGUGUAAUAAAAUAGUUACCAUACUCCAAAAAACUUUAAGUGGGUCAGCACUAAUGUAUGUACUACCUUGUUUCUGAACACUUUGUAUCUUUGGAAAGAUUAAGAUAUCUGAAACUUUCAAACACUUAGCUUUCAGUAGUUUGUGUUUUUCUAGUUUAAAAGGGACUGAGUGGUGUUGUGCAUGUGAAAUGUCAUAACUGUGAGUGUUUGGAGUAAAGAGAAAUUUUAAGUCUAAUGACUAAUCAUUUAUGAAAUACAAAAUAUAAAGGGCAUAAAGUUCUGUGAAGAAUAAGGAAUCUUUUAUAUCGUUUCUCAACUAAAUUCUUUUCAGCAGUUGUCUCUUAAUGAUGAUGGGGAGUAAAUCACUCAAAGGUUUUACUGUUACAAUGUUGAAAAGACUUUCAGGACUCUUGCAAACACUGGCACCUACCGCACACCUAAAAGAAUAUGUUUAAAAUAUAACUUGCAAUCCAGUAAUUUCUUAGUACUUCGAAAUACAAUGAAUUAACCUAUCUGCCUUUAUCUUAUUCCACAUACAUUUCUUUAAAGUACUAGGAAUGCUAAUAUUUGUUUUCUUUAAAAGCAUCAAAGACUUGUUUGGAAAACAUACAAAGUUAUGGGCUUUUCAGGGAACAAGUUAAAAUAGAGGUUUAUAAACAUUUUCAGUGUUAUUUGUACUUUUAAUUGCUUUAAAAUGUGAAUGAAUACAUAUGCUCUCACUGUUUUUCAAUGUCUUCAAAAACUUUUUGGUGGUUAGUUUUUUUGUCUUUUGUCUUUUACUUUCUACUUAUACUUUUGGGCACACAACCAUUGCACUUUAGUAGAUAAUAUAAUUAUGACAUCUGUAAAAAGCUAUUGAAACUUCUCCCCAUUUUCUUAAAUUCUGAGGAAACUGGUUUCAGGUAUCUAAGUCAAAUUGAAUAAUAAAGUAAUUGAAGAUAUUUCUCCUAAUAUGUGCCUUGUUACAUAUAUGUUGAGGGGAGGAGAUUUUUUAAAAAAUGGUCACAUCUUCAUUCUUUUUCUAUUUUGAUUAUUUCUAAUUAAUUUGGUUACUUAAUACAGUGUCUUGUUAAACAGACUUUAAAUAAUUUUUUGACAACCUGGAAAUGUUUGUCAUUGGAUCAAAACCAACCGUAUCAUAAAGCACUGAGUUCAGUAAUUUAGAUUAUCUCAUGCCUUUAUCUCACACUGACACAUACUCACAGGUUCCAAAUUUCCUUGAACAUCUCAAUUCUUAACUUUUUAUAGGAGGCUCUUAUGCUGCCACUGGUGAAGGGCUUGCUGUCCUUCACUAAGUUAAACUACAGCAGACUGCUGCUAACUGAUGGGACACGUGUGCUUGUCUUGAUGAACUUCAUUUUAAUUACUGUGCCAAUGAAAUUGUUGCCAUUUUAACUUUCCCCCUUUGACAAGGAGGCAUCUGCUGGUUUUAAACUACCUUUCUCCAAAUAAUUUUUAUUGCACAGGUUGUUGUAUUCACUUUUGAAAUGUUGUCAUGUGUAUAGUUUUCUCUGCAUUGUAUGGCAUUAUUGCCUGGCAACAAAGGACAGGCAGAUAAUAUAAUGCUUGAGUGGCCUAACAGGGACAAGGCUUUAUUUGUCAAAAGUUUGUUUUCAGCUGUUUCUUGUAAUGAUAAAAAGUUUGCCUAUGAAGGAAGUAUUCUUUGAUCACAGCAUGAACAUACACUUUCUUUCACUGCUGGAGUUAUUAAGCAGUAAGUGACCUUAUGUCUGCAAAACUUGGAACUUUCAUCCCUAGAAACAGCAUUGUUAGUGUAAGUGUGCUUUAGUCAGUGUGUGUGUGUAUGUGUGUGUAUAUAUAUAUAUACAUAUAUAUAUAUAAAUGAAUGGUGGCUUUGUAGAGUGUAUUUUAUACCUGAUACAAACUAACAACUGAAAUAGCUUUUCCAAGGAAAAUAGAAGUACUUUAGAUAGCCUCCCCUCCCCCUGCCCCUCUUAAUUAAGCUACAAAGAUAUCUUGUGUGUGAAUGGCACUGAUGGUGCCCUGGUUCCCCUUGGACAAUACAGUGUUGUCCCCACAGGAUGUUUUAGCACUAUCUUCAAUCAGCUCUGCCUGUCUCUGCAUUGUAUCACUGGGCACAUUCUGCAUUGUGCACAACAAAUAAUGCAUCGACACAGAUUAAUAUUUGGAAGAAGGGGGAGUACUGAAUAUAUUGUUUAAUGGGGAAAAGCUACUGUUUUUAGAAACUGCUGCUAUCAAAGUUUUAAACAUUCCACACACUUUCAAUGUAUCAGUAUGAUCAUAGAAUUAUAGAAUACCUUAGUCCAACUUUUCCUGUCAAUAGCGUGGUCUAGAGAAGGUAGCCCAGCACCCUGACCAGUCAAAUCAUUAAAAUGUCCUAUGCUGGAGAAUCCAACACUUCCCUGUAGAUUUUGUUCCAAUGGCAUUAUUCCAGUGUCCAAUUGGAAUAUUACAGAGCAAUUUGUAUGCAUGACCCCUCAUCUUUUCUAUUUGACUGCUUGUAUAAAGGGAGUCUCUUCUUUGUAGCCACCCUUUGGAAAUUAGAAUAUAGUGAUAAAGGCUCCCUUAAGCAAUCUUUCUUCCAGGCUGAAUCAACCCAAUUCUCUGCCUUUCCUCAUAUGUCAGGCUUCCCAGACCUUUGAUUAUCCCUGUAGUCUUUCUCUGGACCCUUUCCAACCUAUCCAUGGUUUUGUGGGUUUUUUGCAUAUCAGGGAGCAAAGCUGAACACAGAGACCCCAGUACUGCAGGUGUGACCUGACAAGUGCUGAGUGAGAUAAUGGUGAUUUUAAUCUCUGCUGGUGAUGCCCUUGCUGAUGCAGUCCAUCUUGUCAAUGAUCCCAUUGGCCUUUUUUGCCAUAACAGCACACUCCUCACUCACAUGGAGCUGCUUGUUCACCAGGACCCCCAGAUCCCUUUCCACAGAGCUGCUCCUCAGACAGGUCCAUCCCAGCCUGUGCUGCACCCCUGGAUUAUGUUUUGCCACAUGCAAGAUCUUAGCCUCGUCAUUGUUGAACUUCUUAAGGUUCCCUGUACAUCUUACCAAUGUCCUUUUAGUUCUCAACGUGCAUUUUUCUGCUUUUCCAUCUCUGCUACACUUCUCUUCUGGCUUUGAGCAGAUUCAGAAGUAUACUGUUAAGCCAAGGAGCUCUCUUACUCUGCCUCUUUCCUGACCUUAAAGGUGAUGAACUGGUUUAGUGUUUCCAGGAGACUGUUGGUGAAAAACUCCCAGCACUCACUAGCUUCUUUAUCCUCCAUGGCAUCCCUUCCCAUGGGCUAUGAGCACAGUGAAGUUUGCUCUUCUAAAUCCAAAAUGUUUGUUUUAACACUGACCUUCAGCAUGCUCAGCAGCAUCCCACUACUGUGAUCAUGGCAACCAAGGCUAUCACUGAUGGGGAUUUUAUAAAGCAGGUUUGUGAGUGGCAAGUUCAGCAGUGCCUCACCCUUGACUGGCACAUCUAACCAUCUGUAUUCCAAAUAUGACCUCUACAUACUCCAGGAACUUGAUGGAUAAUAUGUGGGCUGCUAUAUUGUUUUUCUACAAGUGUCUAGGCAGCCAAAGAACCUGUUUCUGUUGACCCAAAGCUUUCUUAAGUGACCCAAAUAUUGUUUAAUUGGUCUUAUUUCCUUUGUUUGGAGGUCAGUAGCAGAUGCCUAUUUGGAGACUCCCCUUGGAGACAACCUCUCUGACCCUGACUCAGGCAUUCAAUAGAGCUCUCACAAUCCCUGUGCAUUGGUACACAUAUACUGGAGGUGGUUACUCUUUUGGUUCUCAUCUAAGUAUUUAUAUCAUGAGCAUAUUAAACUGCAUGGUUUUGUACACAGCCAUCCAACAUCACACAUGUAUAAUUCCAGAAAAAUAGACACAAGAGUAUGGCUUGGUGUGAUGAAUUGGGGGUUAAUCAGUUAGCCCCCUCUCCCCAGAAAAUAUGUAACUCUAAUAAGGCUAGAAAUUCAAUUGUGAACCCGAGAAUUUUUUUCAGUUGCUCUUUCUGUUUCUAGAAAUAGGUUUUUUCAUCAUAUUUCAAUUAAGGGGAAAAAUCUGGAGAUAGGUCACAGUUGUCAUCCUGAUAACCAAUCUAAUUCCCAGCAAUUUGAGACAAAAUGGAAUUCUGAAUGUUGUUCAUAAAUUAUGAUGGGGUAUUACAGACACAAAAAUACUAAAGCAUAAUUGUUUUUCAGAGUUACCAAAAUGUAUGUACAAUUGCAUCAGCACGUUGAUGGAUUACCUUUUGAAUUAUAACUUUUUUUUAGUCUUUAGAUUUGGAGCAGCCCAAGGUGGAAAGACUGUUCAAAUCCUCAGCUGUUGCUUCAGAAGGAAUAAAUGUUCUUUGAGUAGAGAUGAAUUUAACAGAGCUGAACAUUUGUUUUGUGCUAAAGGUCAGAUAUUUUGUAUGUUGGUCACCACCAACACAACCUUUAAGGUCAAUGGGAUAAGUAUUCUGUAUUCUUACAGCAGUGAAAUCUUCAUCUGGGUUCAUUAAUUUGUGUGUGUAACUGCACAUAAUUUUGGGGAAAAUGAAGUUACCAUAGAAAGUAGAAUUCCACCUGAGUACAUACGUUUGAUAUCCUCAAAUUGUGACAGACUGUGUCCUGAAGAUGCUGUUUCUGCUCUUUCCCACAAAUGGGUCUGAAGUUACAUGUGAAAUUCAGGUUGUGCAUUAAUUCUAAAUGUAAUCACAAGGACAUCUCAAAGUGAAGAUGUGUUAGUGCUUGAGAUAUUCUCUCAGUGUAGCAGGUAUAAAAAAAUUACGCUCUAAAAAAAUGAUCUAAAGAAGUAUUUUCUUUCAGGAACACACGUUUUGUCAUUUCUCAUUGUUCUUCUUGUAGUUACUAAAGACUUUAGGAAACCACUGCAUGAAUCCUAGAAGGAUUUGACAGCUGUUGAAUGGAAUGGAUAGUAUGUCCUUUUGUGCUUCUUCUGUGGACUGGAAAACACCAACUAUAAGGCAAAGUAAAUACUGAAGAGACCUUUUCAAGUAAAAUAAACAAUACUUGAUUGAUACAAAUGGCAUUCCUUUUGAUUUGAGACCUAACUCUCUAGGUUUACUUGGGAUAUUUAGUGUCAACACUGUAAAAUCCAUUCUGGAUUAUCCAUCAAUAUAAGGCAUAUGGGAGCUAAAAAUCUAAAACCUUUUAAAAUUACUUCGCUAGAGGUUUUACUUGUUUGAAAUGUGCCUAAAUUUUAUACUCAUAACGAAGUUCUGAAGGGCCUUAAUAGCUUGGGUGUUUUAGAGGAUAAUCAGGUAUCUACAGAACUAAACUUUUAACUGUGACAACAUAUAGAAUAGCACACAAUUCUUCAGAAAUGCUUACAGAAACCACUAAGAAUAAAUAUCUAUUUUACAGUUAGAAAAAGUAUCGAUAACUUUAACAGUUGUACUAUAAGCUUUACAAAUCCAAGUAUUAUAACCAUUUGGAUUUGGCUGGACAAAUAGGAGAAGAAGAAAGCAUGAAUUUGAAAAUCUCUAAAAAUGACAAAGGUGAAAAAUAUCCAUUAGUCCACUGACAGACUCAUGCUUCUUCAGUACAGCUUUUCAUCAAGCGUGACUUAAACAAUAGAACAUUGUUGGUAUCUCACCAUAAACUGUCUUGUUGAUAGAAUGCAUUCUUCAAACUUGUAUUAGAAAUAGAUGUUCAUAUCUUCACUUUAUAAAAUUACCUAAGCUAAAGAGUUGUGACCUAAGUAAGCAUUGUUACAAAGCUCAAAGACAGCAACAACAGUGAUGGAGAAGAGUGAUCUAGCAUUUAGUUGAUUUAUGCUUUGUACAGGACUCUAUUAUAGUAUGCAAAAGGUACUUGUUUUGAGUUGUGGAUGUACUGCAUGCUCAUGUAAUAGUUUAGCUCCAGUCAAAAAAAGGGCGGUAUUUAAACUGUAAAUACUGUAUACUACUGUAUUUCAUUUUUAAAGCAACUUUUUUAUUUCCCUGUUUGUGUACAGUUCUCUAUGUACAUAUUAAAAAAAACUAAAACAAACAAACUACAACAUUUUGAGAAACUUUUGUAGUUAUCUUUUGCAUUUUAAUUGUGUUAACAACCUAAAUAUGUCCAUUCAGCUGUCUGUUUAAUUUGAAGUUUUCAUUGCAUGUUUUCAGAUUCUUUGAAAAACAGCAAUAACAGUUGGACAGUUAUUUAAAGUACAACAUUCUUCUGCACAAUUUCCACUUCCUUUCUUUAGAAUGCAGAUACAGUGAAACAGUUGUCCAAUUGAAAGAUUUAAAGAAUCCCUAAGUAGCCAUUUAGAUUUCUUUUUCUUUUUAGUGGUAGGAAAUGUCUCAUAGUAGCUUAUAAACAGAAUUUGUAAGUCAAACAUGAUUCCUCAUGCUCAUUUAUUUAACUGAAUUUUUCUAUUAAAAUAUUUUCAUAAACUUUCUGUAACUUAUUGCAUGUUCUUCUAAGUAACCACAAAGAUAUGCGUCAAUCCCUGUAUGAAAUACUCUGAUAACACAAGAUUUACAUUUUCUGGUUGAAAUGUACAGAUGUACACAUAAAAUAAAGCUAAAAUUAGUAAUUAAAUGAUGUGCCUUCUUGUAGACCACA